AUGCUAUGCAAGGCGACAAUCCUAUUACUGUUAUACCCGUCUACCCGGUCUUACUAUGAGCCCUCCCACUCUUGGAAGAAGUCACACCUUAGACACGGUAGAACUGGGGAAGGGGGAAGAAAGGAGCAACUUAGAUCUCCUGAAGACCGUCCUCCUUAUGUGAUGCUUACUAAUCCAGCGGAUCCCUCACCAGAUGCUUAG